AUGUCGAAUCCCCAAUUAUGCGAGGUCCUACCCGUUGGAAGAGAACUACUUGCCUCUAUAUUAGCUUUCAAGGAGUUUGGUUCUUGCACUGAAGCUCGAGAUUCUUUGCUGUCCAUUUUCUUAUAUAUCCAUUCCUCUAGUAUUGAGGAAUUGGAAUCUCAGAGUAGGCGGGAACACAAUGGAAACUACAGUCUUAUUCAUGCAUCUGAAUGGAAGAAAUGUCCUCCUUUACUAUGUUGCUGGACAAAGUUACUAAGGUCUGUUGAUUCAAAUGAUGUUCUACCAGUGUAUUUGGUUGAGGCUGUUGGUGCAUUGUCUUCUGGUGCUUUGCGCUAUUGCAUGGAAGGGGAAAAUUUGAACAUGGACAGGGUUGCUGCGGUGAAGUUUCUUUUUGGGGUUCCAUAUGAUAUGAGUGAGAUAGAUGGUUUUCCUGAAGAGAACAUGAAUUAUAUACAGGAACUAACAACCUUGAUAGGCUCAAAUAUGAGUGUUGAUGAUGAGUAUUCAGCUGCAUCUGAUAUGAACACAAUUUUGGACCAUGCGAAGGAGUCUGUGAAGUCAUUAUCCCUUCUGUUGCAAAAGCCUCUUGGCUCAGUAAAGUCAGAUGUGAUAAUUUCUAGUAUUAUUCCUUUCUCACCUAGUGAUGUUCCAGUGUCUUCGAAGAUACGUAAAAUUGCUGACGGAAGUGCUGAAAGGGUCGAAAAUUACAACUUAGGUGGAUUUGGAGAUAAAUUUUACUGGGAGUGCCCCGAAAAUUUGCGAGAGAGAUUGUCACAGGCGGCUCUUCCCUUGAAACGGAAAACAUCCUCCUUGGAGGGAACAAAUAGGCAUCCCAGAGGGGAGAAUGUUCCAGCUGAGACUAUGUCCCAAAGUUCUUUCUCUAGGGGUUCAGGACUCUCCAGUGCCCCUCCUGGCCCAACUAGAAGGGAUACCUUUCGGCAGCGAAAGCCAAAUACUAGCCGGCCUCCUUCAAUGCAUGUCGAUGACUAUGUUGCCAGAGAAAGAAAUGUUGAUGGUUCUAGUAGUACUAACGUAAUUGCCAUCCCACGAGUAGGAUCUACCAGUGGGAGACCUCCAUCUAUUCAUGUGGAUGAAUUCAUGGCCAGACAAAGGGAGCGUCAAAAUCCUGCGGUGAUGGCAGUUAGCAAUGCAGCAUCACAAGUGAAAACUGCCCCACCUGAAAAUGAUACAGAUUCGGAGAAAUUUAGUAAAUCUAAGCAGUUGAAACCCGAUCUUGAUGAUGAUCUUCAGGGUAUUGAUAUAGUGUUUGAUGGUGAGGAAUCAGAAUCUGAUGACAAACUGCCCUUUCCUCAGCCGGAUGAUAAUCUACAACAGCCUGCUUCUGUCAUUGUUGAGCCAAGUUCUCCACGUUCAAUUGUAGAAGAGACCGAGAGUGAUGCGAAUGAAAGCAGCCAGUUUUCUCACUUGGGAACACCCUUAGCAUCCAAUGUUGAUGGAAAUACUAAUAUUGAAUUUUCUUCAAGGAUAUCUGCUUCACGUCCGGAGAUGUCACUGACUCGAGAGCCAAGCAUUUCUUCAGAUAAAAAGUAUCGUGGGCAGUCUCAGAAUGUUCCUGUUAAGACUUCUAAUGGGUUUGAUUCUGCGGUAAUGGCAACUAGUUCUGGGCUUCCAGCUUCAGUAUAUAACAAGCCAUCUGGACCAUCUGUACACUUACCAAAUGAUUCUAGAAUGCCUCCACCUAAUUUCUAUAAUAGCCCACAACGAGCUGGUAUUGCACCCUCUAUUGGUUCUCAAGGAUUUUAUGACCAGAAAUUUCAGCCAAACCAACCUCCUUUACCCCCAAUGCCACCUCCACCUACAAUCUCACCUGUACCAUCUCAAACUCCAGAUCUGCUUUCAACUCAGUCAUCUCCUUUUGUUCACUCUAUGGUGGAUGUGCAGCCACCCCUGCCCCCAGGAUUCCAUGUCCACUCAGAGUAUCCUGCUGCAUUGAGUAUCAGUUCUACUUCUGCAGCUUCAUCCAGUCCCUUGCCAGAUUCCAAGUAUGCACGGACAUCCCUCUCUUCCCCUGGCGGAUCUGCUAGGCCUCCACCACCCCUUCCUCCUACACCACCCCCUUAUUCAGCCAACCCUUCUACUUUUCCAUCCUUAAGAACUCCUGCUUCCCAAGCCUCAGUUUACAGUCAGACUAAUGCUGGAGCAACCGAGCUUCUGCAUACCUCUGUUGCAUCUUCAAGUGAUGCUCGCCUGGGAAACCUUUCAGCAUCAGGGGCCAUACUAACUCCUUACCCACUACCUCCUCUAAUGCCACCUUUGCUUUUCAAUCGGCCAGCCUCUGUACCUAUUAGUCUCUAUGGAAGUAGUCCAAGCCUACACCCAGGGGAAAACCCAUCCAAUACCUCUCAGAACCUCCCAAUUCCUUUACCUUCCAUUCACUCCCUACAAUCUCUUGGUCAGUUACAGCCACUGCAGCCACCACAACUUCCUCGUCCUCCGCAGCCACCACAGCAUCUUAGGCCACCUAUUUCAGCUUCAUCACAGGCAGAGCAAGGUGUUUCUUUGCUACAGAACUCUGUUCCAGUGCAAGUGCAACAAUUACAGAUUUUGCAACAACCCCAAGUUUCUCCAAUACAUGUAUAUUAUCAACCUCAACAAGACAACUUUUCACAUACUAUGCAACAGCAGGUUGAACAACCUCGACCUCAAGUUCUGCAUCAGCAAGGGGAUGAACAAUCAGAUUCUGGAAUGUCAUUACAACAUUUCUUUAGUUCCCCAGAAGCUAUUCAGUCUCUAUUGGGUGACCGGGAUAAACUCUGCCAGCUUCUAGAACAACAUCCGAAGUUGAUGCAGAUGCUUCAGGAAAGGUUGGGCCAACUAUAGCAGCAUAUAUGAAGCCGAUGUAUAUCCUCAUUGUGGUCAUGCUUCUGCUUUCCCUUGGGGAACUACAGACCAAAUCAACUAACGAUCAAGUCAAACUUCUACUGCAGGAAACCCCACUGUUUAGGAAUGCCAAUCAUUCAUGUGCAGAAAAUGUGUUCUGCGCUGUAAUUUUUAGUUAUGUACUGUACAUUAUUUCAUGGAAAUGUAUGUAAGCUUAUUAGCAUUUCAUUUCCGAGUUGUAUUUAUCGGGUUUUUUUAACUUUCCUGGCUGCAAAUGUUGGGUAUAAUUUUUACGUAGUUUAAUUCUAGCUGUAGACAUGGAUUGUCACAAGCUGAAUUCUCCUCUGGGUAUAUUUGGGCUAGUGUAUGUUGUAUUAUUGUUGGAUGUAAAUCAUCUAACUGAACACAAUGGUGGAACACUGCAUGUUGUAAAU